UUAGACGUAGGGGAGGCUCAGGACCGGCUCAGAAAGUGUCUCUGGCGGCGUUGGCCACGAGCGGGAAUGGAACUCGGCUGGUCGGUGCGGAGCGCAGCGCUCAGCACGACACUGCCAACAACAACAAACUUGAACUCUGACCCCGUUCUCUGACGUCACCGCUCAGCGUGACCUCAUCGGCGUCAAACGCCACGGGGAGGUGUGCCUUGUUAGUGACGUCAUGUGACCAAGGUAUUCACCCAACUCACGCGCUCUUGAGCGUGACGUCACCUCCGCUCCAGUGCCAAUCCUUAUUUGGGCAAAGCCACGCCCGGUGACUGGCGGCUCAUUAACAUAAUUUAUUCAUGAAAGCCGUCGCGAGUUGAGGGCCGCUCAUUGUGGGAGGGGAGUGUCAUCGUACCCCGCAAGUGACGUCAUGUCACCUGCUGCCGCGUGACGUCACGAGGGACCGGGAAGUUUCCGCUCGGCCCGUGCGCUGAAUUCCGAGGCCACGCCCGCUUGAGCUGCUGUACCGCUCUUGUUUUCAAAAGCGACCUGCCCACAACAACAAUAACAACAAGACACGUGGUGGUGUUCACUCUGGACGCGUGGCGGUGUUCACUCUGGACGCGUGGCGGUGUUCACUCUCUGCAUGUGGAGUGGGGACAACCGGGGGACACGGAGGGAAAUCGACGCGACCACGGGGGGAGAGAGAGAGAGGCACGCAAACUCCAAAUAUACAGCAGGCGUCAAGGCUGGGAUCGAACCCACGACUUCCUGUAUGCCAGGAGAGCUGUCGCUGCCUCUGCAGAAGUGGUCUGAUGGAGCAAAGGCACUCGGCGCAGCUCGGUGCAAAAAGGCAACAAUGCGACCGGUGUGCAUACAGCACGGAUUGUCCUGCACAGUUGACACUGCACCAGAGAACUCACACAGGAGAGAAACCCUUCAAGUGCAGUGUGUGUGGGAAGGCGUUUGCACAGUCAUCUAAUAUUGUAGCACACCAGAGAACACACACGGGAGAGAAACCCUUCAAAUGCAGUGUGUGUGGGAAGGCGUUUGCACAGUCAUCUGCUCUUGUAGUACACCAGAGAACACACACGGGAGAGAAACCCUUCAAGUGCAGUGUGUGCGGGAAGGCCUUUGCACAGUCAUCACAUGUUCAAAGACACAAGAGAUCACACAAGCAUCAGAAAAUCCACAAGGAGUGGAGUCUGAAAUCAGCUUGUGAAAGUCAAAGUGCCUCAAUGAGCCCAUCCCUCAUCAAACAAGAACCGGAAGAAAAUCCCAGCUUGGACACUUUUGAAGGUAACGAGGUGAAAUGUGAAGAGGUGAAGGUGAAAUGUGAAGAGGUGAAGGUGAAAUGUGAAGAGGUGAAGGUAAAAUGUGAAGAUGGAGAUUCAACUCCCAAAUGGGACCUUCACAUCGAUGGAGGCAACGUGAAGCAGGAGGAGAAUUCUGACUGUGAGGCAGAGCGAAGCAACUCCCAGCAGUUUGUGGAAGUGGAGGUGUGGGUGGACUUCCUCCGAGACAAUACAAAGUCAAAUGGAGACCCGGGAGAUGCGUAAGCCUUAGACCAGUGGUUCUUAACCUGGGUUCGAUCGAACCCCAGGGGUUCGGUGAGUCAGUCUCAGGGGUUCGGCGGAGGUUAAGACACACACCUGACUCAUGAUUGUGCACCAGUAAAACAUGUACCUAUGUUUUGAAUUUGAAAAAAUAAAAAAUAAAUUCCAAUUAAGAAGGGUUCUGUGAAUGCGCAUAUGAAACUGGUGGGGUUCAGUACCUCCAACAAGGUUAAGAACCACUGCCUUAGACGAUGCUGCUCCAAUAGAUGCACCUUUGUCACAGGCCUUUAAUGACAAGAAUGUGAAGUUGAACACUCAGUUCCUAGGUUCAACCUGCAGGGUAAGAGCGGCCAGUUUUUGUGGACCUGUGUGUUGGGUAGAUCUCUAACCAGGAGCGAGAGCCAAUAAGCUCCCAAGCAUUCACUCUGUUAUCAUAAUUGCAUUUAUAUUGUGCUUGAUUAAUUGCCUCGGCAAUUCGUAGUUUUGUAUCGUUUCUCGUCUCAAACACUCGAAGAGCAUCCCCAAGUGGCAGCUGCCCCUGUGUGGCACAAGGUGGUGGCCCUGCACUGGCCUGCGUGUGGACAAGAGCCUGUCAGUAGGGGGUGAUGGUUAAUGUGGCAUCUCAGUUGUGGAGUUUGUAGGUAAUGUUUGGAAUUUGCAAAAUUUUUACCCAGAUGCCAGCAAUGGCCGACUCGUUUUAAAUGGUGCAUUAGUAUGUUGUACAUACACUUAAGCAGACAGUGUUUUUUUGUUUAUCUUGUUAAUACUAUGUAACCUGGUGCAGUAAUUUAACUUCGUAAAAAUGAUUGUCAAUAAUUUAGAAUGAAUACUAGUCCGAUUGUGUGCGUACAUGUUAACAUUUUGUCUACAAGGGUCAAACAUUGAUUAAGUCAUGUUAGGACAAAGUCUGUGUUUUUGGAGUAACCUGUACAGAUCACUCAGGUGAUAAAUGAAAGAUUUCGUGUCUGCUGAUUUGCUUCAUAGCAAGGAGGUAAUUUUAAGAACACAUUUGGAGUGCAUUUUUGGUACAGAUUUGUAUUUGGUUACAAGGCAGAGCACAUCUAGUAGAUACAUUCUGCACAACAACACUCAUGAGAAUUUUGCAUGACAUCGUAUAUGUUGGCGAACUAGGACAAGAAAUGGUCCUUGCCGAUUAACGUCUGGAUGUUGACAACCAUGGGGUGAAGCAAGCCUGACCGCCUGCGGUGCCCCUCACAACCAUUUACGGCCUUGGGCCAGAAAAGUCACGAAGAAAAUUACACACGAGCGACGCAUCCACGCAAACUCCCGAUGCUCCGUUUUGAAGUUUUAAAUUGAAACAACUUUGAAUUGUAUUAUGUUUUAAA